AUGGCAUCUACGACCUUGGGAAAGAGGACACGAAGCUCCAGAGAAGUCGCUGCAGAACCCAUCCCCGGUCCCGCCUUCUCGGCCAAGCGAACACGACGGACGCCUAGGAAGAUUGUCGAAGAUGAAGAGAAUUCUCCGGCAGUCACGGCCGACGACACUGAGAAUCAGGAAAAUCACCAACCCUGCCGCAAUUCUCAGGACCAAGACAGGUCGAGACGCGCCUCGAUCGCCACCACUGUCAAGAACUUGAGCAUCGCGCCCGUCACCCCCUCAACACCGCGCCACUACGAUGUCUUCGCCAAGGGGACCACGACUCCACGGCAUCGUGUCAUGUCCGUCGGCAAACUCUCAAAGCGGAUGACGCCUCAGACACCCUCCACCCCGACAUCUUUUCAGACAGUCUACCAUCAAGCGAGGCAGCUCUUCUCGCGCAGUGCCGAUCCUGGUCAACUCGUUGGACGCGAUGAGGAGCGCGCACGUUUGAAACAGUUCCUCGAGCGCUGCAAAACCUCACGUCCCAGCGGGUGUCUCUACGUCAGCGGGCCGCCUGGAACGGGCAAGAGCGCAAUGGUGAACCGAAUCACCGAGGAGGCAGUGUCGGAGACAGCCGCCGUCCGCAGGGCCUACAUCAACUGUAUGAGCAUCAAAUCGUCCAAGGACCUCUAUGUCACCUUGUUGGAUCAGCUUGGUGGCGACAGCGACGUGUCCGAGUCUGAUGUCGUUGCGGGUCUGGAAAAACUCUUUCUUCGAAAGAGCAAAGCCCCUGGGGGCUUUCUCGUUGUGCUCGACGAGAUCGACCACAUCCUGACGAUGGACCUCGAGAGUCUAUACCGCAUUUUUGAAUGGUCAUUGCAGCAGGCUUCACGACUUACCCUCGUGGGAAUUGCCAACGCCUUGGAUCUCACCGACCGGUUCCUUCCGAGGUUGAAGUCGCGGAACCUCAAGCCGGAGCUUCUACCAUUUCUACCCUACACAGCACCGCAAAUUAAGACAAUCCUUACCUCCCGGCUAAAGACCCUCCUACCCGAAGGUUCCGCAACCCCCGAUUUCAUUCCCUUUUUCCAUGCUGCUGCUAUCGAGCUCUGUGCGAGAAAGGUCUCCAGCCAAAGCGGUGACCUACGCCGAGCCUUCGAGGUCUGCCGGCGAGCAAUCGACGUGGUCGAGAGCGAAACACGGAUGAAGCACGAAACCGAAAUCAAGGAACAGCUCCUGCAGAUGAGCCCCUCUCGCAAACCCCUCGGCGAGAACCGGAAUCCCGCCGCCUCGUCCCCGCCUCGCGCUUCUUGCGCCCCGCAAGCCCUCCCAACAUCAACCGCCCUAACGAAAUCUCUGCAAGCCCUCACCCCUUUGACCGCGCCGCGGGUGACCAUCGGCCACCUGAACAAAGUCACAGCAGCCGCAUUCAGUAACGGCGCCACUCAACGGCUCAAGACGCUCAACCUGCAGCAGAAAGCCGCCCUGUGCUCGCUGGUGGCCAUCGAAAAGCGGAACCGCGCCGCUGCCUACGGCUCCUCAUCAGCCCUUACCCCUCCCACCUCCUCGAUUUCUACUCCGACGACCCCGUCCAAGCCGCCGCAUGUUUCGGCGCCGACCGUCAAAGCCCUCUUCGAAGCCUACUGUCGCUCGUGCACGCAGGACUCGCUCCUCCACCCGCUCUCCAGCUCCGAGUUCCGCGAGGUGGUGGGAAGUCUCGAGACACUCUCCCUCAUCGCCCCUGUCGACGGCAAGACGAGCUCAUUUGCCGCGCUGGGAAGCUUCACCCCUGGUAGUGGUGGUGGCAGCGGCGGUGGGACCGGACGGAGGGCCAGGAGGAAGAAGGAUGUGUUCUUUGGUGGUGACGGUGGAAUGCCUGGGAGCGGGCAGCUGGCGGACGAGAGGAGGGUGGCUAGCUGCGUGGGCGAGAAGGAGAUGGAGGCUGCUAUCGACGGCUUGGGCGCGGGGAUUCUGAGGAGUAUACUCUCCGGAGACGCAUUGGAUUGA